GCUAACGAGCAUUUUCUGCUGGACCUGAUACAAAGAGCAUCCAAUUCCCUCAGCACCAGCACAUAACCAUCUGCAUUUUCAGUUCUGAACUUGCAGCAUAUAAGUGCGCUAUGUUUUGCCUGUACCUUUGGCUGUCUGCAACUCAACUCUGAACAAUCCUAGUCUCACAUCCUCCGGUUUCAGGUGACAAGCUACCAAUCAUGCAACCGGCUCAGCAGAGAAGGAUGGUCGCGUCGAGCAAGGUGAUCAAGGUCGGGCCGUGGGGCGGCCGCGGCGGGAGCCCGUGGGACGACGGCCCGCACCGCGGCGUCCGGAGCAUCACCGUCACGUACGGCCGGUUCCUGGAGUCGAUGCGGGUGGAGUACGCCGACAGGAACGGCCGCCCGGUCCUCGGCGAGAAGCACGGCGGCGGGACGGCGCGCAGCCUCUCCGCCAAGAUCGAGCUGGACUUCCCGUACGAGUUCGUGACGGGCGUGAGCGGGUGCUACGGCGCGGCGCACGGCGGGGCGCCGCCGGUGGUGCGCUCGCUGGCGUUCGCGACGAGCCGGGGGGCGGCGCACGGCCCGUUCGGGGACGCGGACGCGGGCGGGGUGCCGUUCGCGUACCCGAUGGAGGGGGGCGUGGUGGUCGGGUUCGCGGGGCGGAGCGGCUGGCACCUCGACGCGCUGGGCCUCCACGUCGCGGCGCUGCGGGCCGAGACGCUCUCCGACGUGGUGCAGGAGCGCGGCCUCGCGGCGUACCGCUCCUUCGUCUACGGCGACGACGGCGGCGGGGCGACGCGUCGGCAGGACAAGAAGAAGCCGUUCGAGUGGUGCUACAAGUAGCAACUGUUGGUAGAGUGCUACGAAACGAAGUAGCCGAACUGCACUGAAGAAGCGGUCCCUUCCGUCCGGUGGGCCGGAAAGGGCUCCUCCAAAAACAGAGUGGGCGAUCGCCUACUCCCCUGUCACUACACGUGCAGAAUUCUUACGAAAGGAUAAGAUCAAGUUGUCACGUUGCUGUGAGUUGUAAUCCGGGGAAGAUUGCUCGACAACAGGGCGAAAGUUUGCC